AUAUACUUAUUUGGUGACAUUAGUACUUACCUCUUUUAUGUGACCAUAUGUUUUGUAGGAUGUCGAGUGGGCCCAUCAACUCUGCACGUAGUUGCAACACAUCAGGGAGACAAGGACAUCAUGACGCUAUAGAUUUUGCAUGUGACGUCACCCCAGUAUUGGAUGUGGGGCAUACUCAACCUAUUAGUCCACAAGGUUCUAUUCAUGCAGCAGCCUCAUCCCAUAAUGAGAAGCAGAAGGGAAGAGCGAGAGAGGGAAGAAAAUCCGAGCAUCUGGGGAACGAAUUACGCACAUUACAUGAUCAACCAAAAUCUGUUGAGGCGGUAAAGCCAACACACCAAGAGCUAUACAAGGAAACACAUAUUGUACGAAAAGGUGUCCCUCAAGGGCAAGAAGCUCCAUGGUGUGGUGACAAACCUAAGGCUCGUCAUGAUACAUAUGUCAGUGAGUGCUCUGCUACAUAUGGCCUGGACUCAGCAUCAUGGCUACCACGAGACAAUGACGCUUGGGCAACUGCCGUUGAGGGAUGCCACAACAAUUUCAUGCUAGGAAUUGGUUCACAAUUAAACCCAGAGGAACUUGGGUUUACAUAUAGAAAACAACAACCAAAGGGGAAUUCAUAUGUGAGCUUGAUGAUAUUAGACCUGGUCGAAAAACAAGCCAAAGAUAGGGAGGCAAUGCAAAAGAUGCGAGAUGACAUAGGGCAAGUCAAAGAGCAACGAGAAGCAAUGCAACGAAUGCUAGAAGACAUGGGGAGGUUGCAGGCUUCUCUAUCGCAACAAUUUGCUGCUUUUAGUGCCUAUAGGAUGCGCCCACCUAGUGCUACCCUAUCAUUAUCUCACAUUGGGCAAGCAUUUCCUCUUAUAGGGACAUCAUUCCCUACUACUGGGCCAUCAUUUCAUGCUAGUGGGCCAUCAUUUCCUCAUGCAAUGCCAAUGCAAAUCCCAAUAGAACCUGCAUUCCCUAUGGGCUAAAUGGGGAGACAGUCAGAAGCUCCAAGUACAUCUUUAGCGAAUCCCCCGCAAGAUGAUUAUGGUUACUUGUUGAGAUUUGAUGCAGAUUACCAGGGUCCAUUUGGGCCUGAAUGAUCAGUGUGCAUGAGGUUGCAAACUCAAAACUUGGCAUGUUCUUGCUACUUGAGAAAAAUACUUUUAGCUUUUGGAAGGGUGAUUUGAACUUGUUAAGACAUGGGUGUAUAUGUCAGUUGGAAUUGAAUGGUUUGUGGUAAUAUUAACUGAAUUACUAUGACUUGCAAGUUUAAAAUAUGCAAAUGGUCAUGUUAAAUGUUGCAUGUGCUACUUAUAUACUUAUCUUUUAAUUUAUGAUUAUGACAUGAGGGAAUUAUAUAAGUGGUACACAUCUGUAAUAAUGUGAUAAAUGGAGAAAAUGUGAUAUGAUAAAUGACAUUGUAUGUAAUGUGCUAUGGUAAAAUUAAAGUGCAGUAAGAACA